GGCGGCGGAGGCAGCGCCUGCUGCCCGUUUCCUGCUGGCCUGGCGGCGGCUGGUGCCGCUGCUGCAGCGCUGGGCGGGCGGGAGGAUGCGGCGCCGCUCCCGGAUGCUGUUCUGCUUCGCCUUCCUCUGGGUGCUGGGCAUCGCCUACUACAUGUACUCGGGGGGGAGCGCCGCGCUCGCCGGGGGCGGCAAGAAGAAGUUCCAAAAUAGCAUUGCAUUAAAUAAGGAAGAUCAGCGCAAUAACAUUGGGGAUGAAAAGUCACAAGGCAUGGAAACCCUUCCACCAGGAAAAGUUAGGUGGCAGGACUUCAACCAAGAAGCUUAUAUUGGGGUCACUAUGGUCAGAGCUGGACAAGACCCAUAUGCUCGUAAUAAGUUUAAUCAAGUGGAGAGUGAUAAGUUGCAAAUGGACAGAAGUGUUCCAGACACUCGGCAUGAUCAGUGUCAGAGAAAACAGUGGCGGAUAGAUUUGCCAGCUACUAGCGUGGUAAUCACUUUUCACAAUGAGGCAAGAUCAGCUUUGCUUCGCACGGUGGUCAGUGUUCUCAAAAAAAGUCCGUCACAUCUUAUCAAAGAGAUCAUAUUGGUGGAUGACUACAGCAAUGACCCUGAGGAUGGUGCUCUUCUGGGUAAAAUUGAGAAAGUGCGGGUCCUGAGAAAUGACCGCCGGGAAGGCUUGAUGCGCUCUCGGGUUCGAGGUGCAGAUGCAGCGCAGGCUAAAGUAUUGACGUUCUUGGAUAGUCACUGUGAAUGCAACGAGCACUGGCUGGAACCUCUUCUGGAGAGAGUAGCUGAGGACAAGACCAGAGUUGUUUCUCCUAUAAUUGAUGUAAUUAAUAUGGACAACUUCCAGUACGUGGGGGCGUCAGCUGAUUUAAAAGGCGGCUUUGAUUGGAAUUUGGUAUUCAAAUGGGAUUACAUGACACCAGAGCAAAGAAGAGCGCGGCAAGGAAACCCAGUUGCUCCCAUAAAAACACCAAUGAUCGCUGGUGGACUCUUUGUGAUGGACAAACUUUAUUUUGAAGAGCUAGGAAAGUAUGAUAUGAUGAUGGAUGUAUGGGGUGGAGAAAAUCUAGAGAUUUCAUUCCGUGUGUGGCAGUGUGGUGGGAGCCUUGAAAUAAUCCCCUGCAGCAGGGUUGGCCACGUGUUCCGCAAGCAACAUCCUUAUACCUUCCCUGGAGGAAGUGGUACGGUUUUUGCAAGAAAUACACGGAGGGCAGCAGAAGUCUGGAUGGAUGAAUACAAAAAUUUCUAUUACGCAGCAGUGCCUUCAGCCAGAAACGUACCUUAUGGCAAUAUUCAAAGCCGAACGGAGCUGAGAAAGAGACUUAACUGCAAACCAUUCAAGUGGUAUCUUGAAAAAGUGUAUCCGGAAUUAAGGGUACCUGAUCACCAAGAUAUUGCUUUUGGGGCCUUGCAGCAAGGAACCAAUUGCCUUGACACUUUAGGCCAUUUUGCAGAUGGCGUGGUUGGCGUUUACGAAUGUCAUAAUGCUGGGGGGAACCAGGAAUGGGCCUUAACAAAGGACAAGUCAGUGAAACAUAUGGAUUUGUGCCUUACAGUUGUGGAUCGAGCUCCUGGCUCACUCAUAAAGCUUCAAGGCUGCAGGGAAAAUGACAGUAGACAGAAAUGGGAACAAAUCGAAAGCAACGCCAAGCUGAGGCACGUGGGCAGUAACCUGUGUCUAGACAGCCGAAAUGCCAAAAACGGUGGCCUGACUGUUGAGGUCUGCAAUCCAUCGCUGUCCCAGCAAUGGAAAUUCACACUUAAUCUGCAGCAGUAGAAGGGCCGGCGCACAAGAACUGUCCCACUCCC